GCGCUGCCGUCUUUUCCGGCAGUUGGGGAGUUUCCUGUUGUCCUCACCCGCAACCGCUGCUCGGGCCCCCUACCUGAGCGGCCCUCCUCUGGCAGGUGGCUGCUGCCGCUUGGGCUUCGCUUGUCCGCAAGCCGAGACCGCCGGCCGGGCGGGCAUCCCGCGGCCGUCCCUGCCAGCCCCUGGGCUCCGCAGCCAUGGCAAUGACAGGCUCAACACCCUGCUCAUCCAUGAGUAAUCACACAAAGGAAAGGGUGACAAUGACCAAAGUGACCCUGGAGAAUUUUUACAGCAACCUUAUCGCUCAGCAUGAAGAACGAGAAAUGAGACAAAAGAAACUAGAAAAAGUGAUGGAAGAAGAGGGCCUGAAGGAUGAAGAGAAACGACUCAGGCGAUCAGCACAUGCUCGAAAGGAAACUGAGUUUCUUCGUUUGAAGAGAACAAGGCUUGGAUUGGAAGAUUUUGAGUCCUUAAAAGUUAUAGGCAGAGGAGCAUUUGGUGAGGUGCGGCUUGUUCAGAAGAAAGAUACGGGACACGUGUAUGCAAUGAAAAUACUCCGUAAAGCAGAUAUGCUUGAAAAAGAGCAGGUUGGCCACAUUCGUGCGGAGCGUGACAUUCUAGUGGAGGCAGACAGUUUGUGGGUUGUGAAAAUGUUCUAUAGUUUUCAGGAUAAGCUAAACCUCUACCUAAUCAUGGAGUUCCUGCCUGGAGGAGACAUGAUGACUUUGCUAAUGAAAAAAGACACUCUGACAGAAGAGGAGACGCAGUUUUAUAUAGCAGAAACAGUGCUGGCCAUAGACUCCAUUCACCAACUGGGAUUCAUCCACAGAGACAUCAAACCAGACAACCUUCUCCUGGACAGCAAGGGCCAUGUGAAACUCUCUGACUUUGGCCUUUGCACAGGACUGAAAAAAGCACACAGGACAGAAUUUUAUAGGAAUCUGAACCACAGCCUCCCCAGUGAUUUCACGUUCCAGAAUAUGAAUUCCAAGAGGAAAGCAGAAACCUGGAAAAGAAAUAGACGUCAGCUGGCCUUCUCCACAGUAGGCACUCCUGACUACAUUGCUCCCGAGGUGUUCAUGCAGACCGGGUACAACAAGCUCUGUGAUUGGUGGUCGCUUGGGGUGAUCAUGUAUGAGAUGCUCAUCGGCUACCCACCUUUCUGUUCUGAGACCCCUCAAGAGACAUAUAAGAAGGUGAUGAACUGGAAAGAAACCUUAACUUUUCCUCCAGAAGUUCCCAUCUCUGAGAAAGCCAAGGACCUAAUUCUGAGAUUCUGCUGUGAAUGGGAACAUAGAAUUGGAGCUCCAGGAGUUGAGGAAAUCAAAUGUAACUCUUUUUUUGAAGGCGUUGACUGGGAACAUAUCAGAGAGAGACCUGCUGCAAUCUCUAUUGAAAUCAAAAGCAUUGAUGAUACCUCAAAUUUCGACGAGUUUCCAGAAUCUGAUAUUCUUAAACCAACAGUGGCCACAAGUAACCACCCUGAGAGUGACUAUAAGAACAAAGACUGGGUCUUUAUCAAUUAUACCUACAAGCGCUUUGAGGGCCUCACCGCAAGGGGAGCAAUCCCGUCCUACAUGAAAGCAGCGAAGUAGUGCUGUGGUCACGGAGUCCUGGCCGGCCCAGAGCUCUGGGUGCACGUCGUGGUUUUCCUCUCCUGGUCUGGAAAAAGCUCCUGGGAAGUUUCUGAAACCCAUCAGUAUAUUGUAGUAAAGUCUCCUGAAAUGUGAUACAAGUGGAUCUUCUCCCGGAUGCAUCUGAAAACAAAGACAAAACAUUUCUACGCCAUCAGCCAUAAGCAGCUGCUCUGCUUCACAGAAGCCUCAUGAGCCAAUCUGUUCAGGUGUUUAGAAGAAUUUUCCUGAGUUUUCCUAAGUUCAUCAGAAUGAAGGGGAAACAGGCCAUCAUCCAGCAUGAUUGAGAGAAUAACGUAUUCUCACCAAAUAUCAGCCAAUCCUGUGAUGUCGUAAUGAUGCUAUUUGCCAAGCCCACCAAGUAUUUCUUCUCUGUCUAGCUAAAAGUCCCACAGUCCUAAGGAAAUGCAGCAAUAAUACACAUCUCCACAGCCAGCGCUCUGGCUGAAGGUGAUCCGCCGUCCUGAGGGCUGGUGAUGGUGGCUUCUCCCUGAACCUCGGCCUAGGGCCAGUGGCUUUUUCUGGCCUCCAUUCAUGGUGCACUUUAUUCAUGGUACUAGGAUAAAGACCUUGAACCCAGUUGUAGCUCCCGUCCAUCCAGAAUACUCAUACUGCCUUUCUGGAUGUCAGCAGGGGUGCACAGCUUGAGCUGCUGUUGCUCUUACGAGGACCAUCCAGCCAUCAGGCAUUGCCAAGGAGCCCGGAUCAUAGGGGAGCUCUCAUUUUCUCUUUUCUCUUCAUGAUCCUAUUGGAAAAUCCCUAAGACAGGUGUUGCCGUGGACCAGCUCUAUGUGCACACGCUCCCCUCAGGAACCCAGGGUAUUCCUGGGCACACAGGAGGGAGAGCCCAGGUGAAGCAGGUGCUCCUGCUCCCAUGAUGUCUUCAGAACCUCUCUGGAUGUGGUGGGGGAACAGCCCAUGGCGGGUCCUACAGAGUCCCUCCUACAGCCCAGGCAGUCCUCUGUCUUCCUGUUGGGUGUUUCUCUCCCAACAGGAAUCAGCCAUUUUGCCUUGGAAUCAUGAUGACAAAGUUUUCCUUUGCAGAUGCCUUCCUGGGGGUGGGGAGGUAGUCCUCCCCCCUCCAGGGCUACCCGCAACCUGGGUCGAGCAGACUUCUCCGUUGUGUUCUCAGGCGAGACCCUCUGACCUUCCUACCAAGUGCCUUCUCUUUCACAGCUGCCACCACCUUUAGAGGACUCUAGCUGUGUCAGAAAAAUGUGGAGGCUCCAUGUUAAUGCAUUUUUACUUAAAAAGGUUUGAUAAUUUGUUGAAGCAUCAUUUGCACCUCUGUGGUAAGUUUGCCUGUCACACAGCAUCCUGGUCAAGUUACAACCGGACAACUGCUUUCUGUCCAUCUUGAGGUUGUGAAAAGUAGCUUUGAAAGGAAAGUGUGUCCUAGCUUAGCCACUCAGAAGAGAACAGUGGGAUAGCCAGAGUCACAGCUGUAAGAGAAAUUGCUUUAGGUUUUAAUGUCUUAGAGGAAAAGAAAAGAAUGUUAGUGAAGUCAGCUCUGGAUGAAGGUGUUUGCCCCUUAGUCUUUCAUGCAUAGUCUGUUGGCAAAAAGGAAGUAAGUGCGAUUCCUCUGUCACUUCUUUAUUACCAAGUAUUUGGGUCUUGACCCCUGUGUGUUUUUGUAACAGUGUGUGGUAAGCACGAAAAAGAGAAGUAGUGACAAGAGUGUAGUAGAGUCUGUGUGUGUGGAGUGGCAGAGGAUGAUUUGUUUUGGGAAAUACCCACAUUUUAAACUUUGAAACUUAUGAAUAAAUGGUGUGAAAACACAA